AUGAAGCAUGCCAAAAAAGAUAACAGGAUUGAAGGGAGAAUUCACGAGGAUCCUGAAAUACCAACACCUCCAAACCCCUCUGGCCAGUGUCCCAUCUGUCGCUGGAACCUAAAGCAUAAGUACGAUUAUGUGGAUGUCUUGCUGCUGAGCCAGUUUAUUCGUUCUGAUGGAGGGAUGCUGCCACGCAGGAUCACAGGCCUCUGUUUGGAGGAGCACAAGAAGAUUGCUGUCUGUGUGCAGAUGGCUCACCGUGCAGGUUUGUUGCCAAAUCACAGGCCUCUACUUCCUGAAGGGCAUAUUCCCAAGAAACCCAAGCUCAACAGAUAUCUGACUCGCUGGUCCAUCAAAGCUGCAAAGCCCAUCUGGAGGAGGGGCCCUAAGUGGUGCAAAAAAACCAUGCCAGUCGGACACCCUUUGCUGAAGGAUAAUGUCAAAUAUACACACAGGCCUCUCUUUUUAAACCACUAGUGGCCAGAACUGGCAUGGUCAGUAAGCACAGCUGUUUUACACUGUUCUGCUUUCUUUGCAAGGUUGUCAGUAUCUCAGAUUCCAAAACUAUCUUUAGUACUCCAUAUUGUCUCCAGUGAAUGAGC